GAGACACACACACACACACACACACAGAGAGAGUGGGACAGCAACAUCAGAGAGAGCAGCAGCUCCUGCACUCUGUCCUUACCUGGUGAUGGGUGAGAGGUGGCCUCUGGCUGGGAGAUUCCCAGGUCCCUUGGAGAUGAAGCCCAGGAGGGUUUGCCGGAACCUCUUUGGGGCUGUGGAUCGAGGAGAGCUGAGGAAAGAGCUGCAGCGGGAGAUGCAGAACAGCCUGGAGGAAGCCAGCAUUAAAUGGAACUUUGAUUUCGGAGCGGAGAGGCCUUUGGCCGGAGCACUGCAGUGGGAGGCAGUGAGAAGCCAGGAGUUGCCGUUAUUCUACAGAUCCUUCGUUGUCGGAGGCAGCACGGGACAGCAUGUGACUGGGCUACGUUCUAUGGGCAAGGAGAACGCAGCUUCCCAAAGAGAGGGUGAGACCUCUGGGGAACACAGGACCGAGAAGGCUGUAAAAUGUCCCGGCACUUUGCACACUGCCCAGCACCAAGCGAAUGGCAGCUGCCCAUGCUCACACAAGAGGAGGCAGAGUGUUAUAACAGAUUACUACAUUGUGAAGAGGAAGUCUGUGCGGUCAGUAUGUAAGCCGCAGCCGUAAUCUAGAGGACAUGGCCGGAGCCAGCAAUAAUGUUCCCGAGGACAUCACUCACUGGAUAGAAGCUUGGAGAGAGCUGCUAUAAUACACACAUAGAUAUAUAUAUACAUAAAUCUGACAAAUAUAUUAGGGUGUCUAUAUCUAUUAGAAGCAAAUCUUUAUACAAAUCAUUUUGUACAAAUCAUCAACGUUUGAAGCACUUUUCUUUGCUGCUGUUACAUUGACCCCUCAAGCUGAAUCCUUGACCCUUAUCGGUUAUGAGAUGACCAGAUGCACAGUGACCACAUGCCUGUCACUCUAGGUGUGCGCUGGGACAUCUCGUUCUGACUGAACUGAGGUAAGGUACUGACAGCCAAGCAGCAUUGCAGGCAGCUUACUACCUGGCACUGCCAAGGUACUGCCUGGCAGGAGCUGCUUUGGACUGCAUGGAAACUGUGAGGGGAAAAUGCAUUGCUUUGCACAUGUACUUUGUGAUGCCUUGUGGAGGAUAGGUCUGUGACUGUGGCUGGGGCGAAGUGUUCCACGGUGUAUGAAAGGCAGCAGAAACAACCUGCGCGCUCUGCAAUUAAAAGGCGCUUUAUGAUUGUGAUCAGUUUCUCCCCAGUCGGUCUCCGUCACUUACUAACCCACCAUUCUAGCCCUAGCAGAGGCUCAGCCCUGGUAAAUGUCAGUGCUAUUUAAUCACCUUGGAAUUUCUAAAUAAUAAUUAAAGAUGGACAGGGUUAUCUUUUUA